AUGCCAGUAGAGCAGGCCGAGCACGUAAAUGCCGGCGGGAUUGCACAACACCGCUCGCGUGGUCGCCGCUGUACACGGAACUGCCGCAGCUCCCAAGCCCGCGGGAUACAAACCUCCCCUGCGAAUUUGGGGCUAUUCCGUCUAAAAACCCCCCCCUCCCCAGUACCUUGGGGCUGGAUUGGGGUUCACGCCUCCCCGAAGGGAUAUUUUACCUUCCGCAGACGGAGUGCAGUUGUGCCGGGAGUGAGCGGUAGUUUACGGGGUUCCGAGAUUAGCUGGAGCGACGGCUGCGCUGUUAAUAGCACAGUCGAUGCAGCAGGUUCAUCUGGCCACGUUCGUUGGUUUAGGGCCCUGCUGCCCGUGCCCAGACGACCUUCCCUCGGGCGGGGCGGGGUAGCUGGGAGGCGGGCGGUGACAGCUUUGGCCACCCCACGCCGCUCAAAUAGCCAGCGCCGCGACGGGAGCGGAGCUGGCGCGGGCGCGCACCCCAUGGUGACGGCGGCGGGCGGGCGGCGCGGCGGCGCUCCGGAGCCCCGGGGGCCCGGCAGCUCCCCCGGGGGCUGCCCGCGGCGCCCGGCACGGCGGCGGCGCCUGGGGACGGCGGCGGGGGUGGAGAGCGCGCAGGAGCUGCAGGCUUUCCGCGAUUACGGGGAGAGCUGGUACCGCUCCCGCAAGGGGCUGGAGAGCCGCUUCCAGCCGCGGGAGCCGCUCGCCCGGCAGCCGCAGGUGACGGCGGAGGCGCGCUGCAAGCUGGUCAGCUGGCUCAUCCCCGUGCGCCGGCAUUUCGGGCUCUCCUUGGAGGCACUCUGCCUGGCCGUCAACAUCCUCGACCGCUUUCUCGCCACCACCCCUGUGGCCGCCGAUUGCUUCCAGCUCCUGGGGGUAACAGCACUGCUCAUCGCCUGCAAGCAGGUGGAGGUGCACCCUCCUAGCGUGAAAGAGCUUCUCGCCCUCUGCUGCGACGCUUUCACCCGCCAGCAGCUCCGCAACCUGGAGUGCAUUGUCCUUCAUCGCCUGGACUUCGACCUGGCGGCGCCCACCGUCAGCUUCUUCCUGGAGCACUUCAGCCAGGUGCGGCUGGACGCCCGCGGAGCCGACGCGGGGGAGGCGGCGGACGCCCGGAGCCUGGCGGCGAGCGUCGCGGAGCUCAGCCUGGCUGACUAUGCCUUCACCAAAUACGCGCCCUCUCUGCUGGCCGCCAGCAGCCUGGGGCUGGCGGACCGGCUCCUGCGCCACCGCAGCCCCCUGGACCUGCGAGUCAGCGGCUACCCGGAGGAGCCCCUGCGGGACUGCAUGGACCAGCUUCAGCUCCUGGUGUCUCUGAACGGCCGGUCCCUGUCUCUCCUCCUGCCCUCGGAGGUGGUCCAGAAGUGCUCCUGGCUUGGGGUUGACCGCUGACAGCCGGGUGGUGGUGGCCACGGCUCUGGCUCGGUUUUUAUGCUCCGCAGAGUCGGUGCAGUCCGAUCCACUAAGCUUUAGCGUCAUUGGAGCUUAAAAAUUAGAUGGCGUUUUACAAACGGUUUUUUUGUUUGCAUUGCCACUUUGCUAUAUUUUUUAAGUACAGCAUGUAAAUAAUUUACAGAAUCUCACGUACUGUGUUACUUGUUUGGAGGGUGGUCCAUAAAAUAACGGUGUAAGGACCAAAUUAAUGUCAUGUAAACUCUUUUCUACUUGUUACCUCUAUUCGUUUAUUUGCUGGCGAUACGUGGGCACAGCUGGGAGAGGAAACACACUGGCACAUAACGAAUUCACCCUGUCAGUUAACUCAAUCCCCCACAAAAUAAAGAUGCCCAAUAGUGUCAUUCCCUGUGAUGUCUGUAUAACUUGGGUCAAAAU